AUGGGUUUGCACACAAGUUCUUCCACUCAAUCCAAGAAGAACUCAAGAACUCCUUCCAAGAAGCACUACAAGUCUCGUGCAACCCCAAUGCAAAACCCUGAAGCCCCUGUGCCUGAGGAUGUUUCAAACACUUCUAUCUCUGCAAAUGAUGAAGACGAUGUCGCGACGUCUUCCCAUGGCUCCGAUGAGACAUUGUCUGAUAAGCCUGCCAAGGAAGUUUCACUCUCAAAGGAUUCUUCCUCUUCAUCCAAGAGUUCUAAUUCCAAGGCUGCAAACUCAACGGAUGUUUUGUCAGAGGAGUCGAUGAAGACCCCUCCCAUUGUUCAUGAUGUCUCUGAUGAUGAAGAUUCAGAGGAUGUGCCUCUAGCGAGUGUUGCUGCCAGAAUUCUUAAACGAAGAAGAGCAUCUGUUGAAGAAACCCCUGUUGUCCAGAAGAAGAAAGCCAAGAUCACUACUGGGUCUUCAAAAUCAAGGGCAACCGAUGUGUCAAGGAAAGGCAAGCAGAAAGCUGUGGAAUCGUCUGGGAAAAAAGCCAAAAAGACUACUGGGAAAAAGCAGAAACAUCCUAAUAUCCUCACUGUUGAUGAUGUUCCUGUGCCCAAAGGCACUCCCAUCACUUUGGACCAACGGUUGUUCCUGGAACCUCAUGUCCUGGACUUUGAUCUGCCAUCCAGUAGGACAUCUGUUCCUGCCUCUAUGUCUGCCUCAGGAACUCACAGUGUCAUUGCUGAACUUGAGGCCAUUUCCAAGGAACUUCAAGAGACCAUCAGGAUUGCUGCUGCUAGGAAGAUUAAGGUGGAUGCUCUCAUCCAAACUCUCAAGGGGGAAGCUGGUCAAGAGGGCAUUUUGGAUGCUGCUAUUGAAAUAGCUUUUCUGGCUAUAUUUUCUGCGACUCCGCCCAUUUCAUAA